AUGGCCAAAAGAGUUGCCGAUGCCCAAAUACAGAGGGAAACCUAUGAUUCUCAUGAAUCUGACGAUGACAUGACUCCCUCUACUAAAGUUGCAUCAUCUACUGUCAUGAACAGAAGGAAAAUUGCUAUGCCUAAGCGUAGGAUGGCCUUUAAAUCUUUUACUUCCGCAUCAUCUGAUGAAACCAAGUCUGCUAACUCUUUUGACACUCUGAAGCAGGCAAAUAAUACUGAGGGUAAAACUGAUAAUCACCUAACAACAGGAAACAAUUCUAAACUUAAGGCAUUGAACUUCCAGUUUAAGACUAAGGUAAAUGAUGUAAUUUCAAGUAAGCCUUUAACAGACUUGAGACCCCUUUUUGCAAAGUACGAAAUAUACAUUAAGAAUAUUUUACAAGCGUCUGAUAAAUCCAGCGAAAAUCCAAAAGAAACAGUCCAAGAGAAUGGCGAUAAACCGGCCAAAGUGGAAGAUGACCGAAAGAGUUCCGAUUCUUCUUCUGAGGAUGAAGUUAAGGUGGAAGGGCCCAAGUUCACAAUCGAUUCGAAACCACCCACCUCUGAUUCUGUUUUCUCAUUUGGGCCCAAGAAAGAAAACCCCCAAAAAGACGAAAGUGAUAGCGAAAGUGAUAUAGAAAUCAAGGGCCCUGAGUUUAAGUUUUCUGGAGCUCUAUCGAGUGACGUAUUUAAACUUAAUCCAAGUACCGAUAAAAAUGAAAAGAAGAUUGACGCCAAUGCUAAACCGUUUUCAUUUUCUUCAAAUGCUUCAAAUUUGACCUCUGGAAAAACUGCAAGUAAGAAUCCCUUCUCAUUUACAGAAUCUAGCGAAACCAAUGAACACAGCAACGACAAUAUUAAACCUUCAUUCACUUUUGGAGCGAAAGAUGUUGGGGAAUCCCAAAAGAACAAACCGUCUUUUGCAUUUGGUCAAACGGCUGGUAAGCAAUCGACAGAAAAGAGCUCUUUCACGUUCGGUUUGUCAAAAAGCGAAAAUAAAGAGGAUGGUAACGCUGUUUCUACCUCAAAAUCUGAAAACUCUGGUGAUGAUAACAAUGCAAAAUCUUCCUUCACUUUUCCAAUACCCAGUAAGAAUACACCCGAUACAACAAAGCCAUCCUUUUCUUUUGGAGUCCCAAACUCCUCCAAUGAUACUUCAAAACCAGCGCUCUUGUUUGGCACAGCAACACCGCCAGCAAAAGAAACUAAUAAGAACAGUGGUGACGGGAACGGCGAUAAGAUUACACCUAAGCCUGCCUUUAAUUUUUUGUCCAAUACAAGCAGCGAGAAGGAAAGUGAAAAUCAAGGGGAUUCUAAACCACUAUUUUCAUUUGGAAAAUCAAAUGGAAGUGAAAGCAAAGGAUCCGUCAACUCUACCUUUCCCUCUGAAUUUAACAAUGUCAAUGAAGAGAAGGAUGUGGCAAAGCCUGCCUUUUCAUUUGGAGGAAAUACGAAUACUGCCGUAAACACCGAUAGUAAAGCUCCUGCAUUUACAUUCGGCUCCUCUACACUCGCUGACAAUAAAGAAGAUAAGAAAAAACCUUUUUCAUUCGGUAAUUCAUCAUCCAAUGACACUCCCUCCUUUUCAUUCGGAAAAGCAACAGCAUCUUCGACUACUGCUUCUUCAAAGUCUCCUGCCCCUCCUAUACCAUCAACAGGGUUCAAGUUUUCAUUACCGUUUGAACAAAAAGGAGGUCAAACGACAACAGAUGAUAGCAAAAAGGAGUCAACAACAGAAGCUGCAAAAAAUGAUUCGCAAGGUACAAGUAAAGUAGAGGCUGCUUCAGAAGAAUCAAAACCAAUAAAUUUGCAAAACGGGGAGGAAAACGAAGUUGCUUUAUUCUCGGAACGAGCAAAAUUGAUGACUUUCAAUGCUGAUACAAAGUCAUACGAUUCAAGGGGUGUAGGCGAAAUGAAGCUUUUGAAAAAGAAGGACGAUCCUUCCAAAGUUCGUCUACUUUGUAGAUCUGACGGUAUGGGUAAUAUACUACUCAAUGCAACCGUUGUAGAUUCAUUCAAAUAUGAAUAUCUUGCUCCUGGAAAUGAGAAUCUCAUAAAAACUCCUACUGUCGCAGCUGAUGGAAAGCUUGUAACAUAUAUCGUCAAAUUUAAACAAAAGGAAGAAGGCCGCUCGUUUACUAAAGCUAUCGAAGAUGCUAAGAAAGAAAUGAAAAAAGAGUAA